CGUCCAGCCACUCACAACUCUUCCAUGGCAGUUGGAUGCACGUUUGAUUGAAACGACGACGUCGCUUCGCUCGUCGUCUUUGCUGCAAAUUUCGCCAUCUUCGCUCAGAAUACCAAUAAGAAGAAGAAGCAAUAACGGUGAGUGCUGAAGCAGAGCGAACAGAGCUACGACGAUGAGCUGAGCUGCGCUUAGCUAUGCAUUCACAAAGCUAUCGUUGAGAUCUCACCCCACAGGGACACAUCGCUGAAGGACACCGUCAGAGAACAAAGUAAUACACAAAGCAACCAACCAACCAGCCAGCGAGUCUUCCAAACGAGAACGAGAACGAGCUGCGAGUGCAACAAGACAAACGACUUAAUCACCAACGAGUUAGGAUCAACAGGAAGAAUAGCGAGUGGCUGCACAGAGCACGAAGGAGGAAGCCCUUGCAGAGCAGGUCAAGCAAUUUGGUAGUGGUUGCCGUGUCAGGAUCGUCAUAUAGAAAUGACACUGACCACAACGGCGACGCCACCGGAGAGCAACAAGAAAAUGGAAGUGAAGGCUUUGACAGGCGAGGAGAAUCUACCCACAUCUGAAAUGGAUCUGCUGGCUAAGCUGGAGGCCGCCAAUAAGCUAAUCGAAAGCGAUGCCAAAAGCCUCAACUCGCUGCACUCAACGCACAGUCGCAAAAACUCGGACACGAGCCAAAUAAGCCUUACUUCAAGCGGCAAUUCGGUUGCCGAGGAGGACAUCUGGACCACAUGGGCAUCCAUACUGAACGACUGGGAGGGCGCGCUGAAGCGCAAAAAUCCCUGCGUGCGGGAGCUGGUGCGUCGCGGCAUACCGCAUCAUUUUCGUGCAAUCGUGUGGCAGCAACUGAGCGGCGCCGCCGAUGCUGAUAAAAAGCAAUAUGCGGAAUAUAUUAAGGCAACGUCGGCUUGCGAGAAAGUUAUUCGCCGUGAUAUAGCACGCACCUAUCCGGAGGUUGAUUUCUUCAAGGAGAAGGACGGGCCCGGCCAGGAGGCGCUGUUCAAUGUGAUCAAAGCGUAUUCGCUGCACGAUCGUGAGGUGGGCUACUGUCAGGGCUCUGGGUUCAUUGUCGGCCUGCUGCUCAUGCAGAUGCCCGAAGAGGAGGCGUUCGCCGUUCUCGUACAGAUCAUGCAACAGCAUCGCAUGCGGCACAUGUUCAAGCCAUCGAUGUCAGAGCUGGGCCUGUGCAUGUACCAGCUGGAGAAUCUGGUGCAGGAGCAAAUACCCGACAUGCACUUACAUUUCCAGCAGCAAGGCUUCCAGACGACUAUGUAUGCGUCCAGCUGGUUUCUGACGCUCUAUACGACCACACUGAAUGUGAAUCUCAGCUGCCGCAUUAUGGAUGUCUUCCUUAGCGAGGGCAUGGAAUUCAUUUUUAAGGUGGCACUGGCUCUGCUCUUGACGGGCAAGGAAUCGCUGCUGUCCCUUGACAUGGAGGCCAUGCUCAAGUUCUUUCAAAAGGAGCUGCCCGGUCGCGUCGAGGCCGAUCCAGAGGGCUUCUUUAAUUUGGCCUAUUCGCAGAAACUCAAUACGAAGCGAAUGAAGAAAAUGGAGAAAGAGUAUCAAGACUUGAAGAAAAAGGAACAGGAGGAGAUGGUCGAGCUGCGACGGCUGCGGCGCGAGAAUUGUCUCUUAAAGCAGCGCAACGAGCUGCUCGAGGCCGAAAGCGCCGCGCUGGCCGAUCGUCUGGUGCGUGGCCAAGUCUCUCGUGCCGAGGAAGAGGAGACCAGCUAUGCCAUUCAAACGGAGCUGAUGCAGCUGCGACACUCCUAUUUGGAGGUCUCGCACCAACUGGAGAAUGCCAACGAGGAGGUGCGCGGUCUAAGUCUGCGACUACAGGAAAAUAACGUUUCAAUCGAUAGCAAUAAUUCGCGUCAGUCGUCUAUCGACGAACUGUGCAUGAAGGAGGAGGCACUGAAGCAGCGCGACGAGAUGGUCUCCUGUUUGCUCGAGGAGCUGGUCAAGGUGCGCCAGGGCUCGGCGGAAAGCGAGGAUCAGAUACGAAAUCUGAAGUCAAAAAUUGAGGAGCUCGAAGAGGAUAAAAAGACGCUGCGCGAAACCACGCCCGACAAUUCGGUGGCCCAUCUGCAGGACGAGCUGAUUGCCAGCAAGCUGCGCGAGGCGGAGGCCACGCUCUCCCUCAAGGAUCUCAAGCAGCGCGUGCAGGAGCUGAGCACCCAAUGGCAGCGCCAAUUGGCCGAGAAUCAGCGUAACGAGCACAGCGCUGCCUCCGUUGAUUCCACACCCAAAAAGUUGUUAACAAAUUUCUUCGAUAACUCCAAAUCGACGGAGCACACGCAGAAGCUCGAGGAGGAGCUAAUGACGACGCGCAUACGUGAAAUGGAAACGCUAACCGAGCUGAAGGAGCUGCGUCUCAAGGUCAUGGAGCUGGAGACACAGGUGCAGGUCUCCACGAAUCAGCUGCGACGCCAGGACGAGGAGCACAAGAAGCUCAAGGAAGAGCUCGAACUGGCUGUCACACGCGAAAAGGAGCUGGCCAACAAGGCGCGCGAACAGCAACACAGAUACUCGGAUCUGGAAUCUCGUAUGAAGGACGAACUCAUGAAUGUCAAAAUCAAGUUCACCGAACAGAGCCAAACAGUUGCCGAACUGAAGCAGGAGAUUUCACGAUUGGAGACAAAGAAUUCGGAAAUGCUUGCCGAGGGUGAGCUGCGCGCUAAUCUGGAUGACUCGGAUAAGGUGCGUGACCUGCAGGACAGGUUGGCUGACAUGAAGGCGGAGCUGACGGCGCUGAAAAGUCGCGGCAAAUUUCCGGCCAACAAGCUGCGCAGCGCCUCCAUACAAUCCAUCGAAUCGACUGAGAUCGAUUUCAGCGACCUCAACAUGGUGCGCCGCGGGAGCACGGAGCUAUCCACAUAAUAUUCAGAGCAGAAGGCGGCACACGGUACGGAUAUAAUAAUUGCAUGCAAUUAUAUCAACAUAUAUGCAUAUAUACAUAUAUAUAGACGAUGAUGGUAGACAACUAUGUUAAUCCUUAUAUAUAUAUGUAUAUUUAUAUAUUAUCGGUUGAUGUAUAUGUUUAUUAGCUGCAUAUACAUAACUAUCUAUGUAUGCUCGGGUCACAAAGUCGGCUGUGGUGCGUCGAUGGGUUUCCUUUGGGGCGUGUCAAUAAACGUAUAAUUAGUUGAAAUUCAAUUAAAGCAUAUUACCUAUUUAUAAUAUAA